UUCCGUCAUUUACUUUCUGAGUGGAAAUGUCAACAGCACGGAAGGGGCAUUUGGAAUGUAGCAGUCUAUGAGAAUGAAGUGUUUUGUGCUGGCCAGUGCUUUGACUUUUUUGGGAUUUGUAACAGUUUGUAAGACUGACCUGGAUUUAUACCUGGACGCUCAUGAAACCUAUCGUCUGCUGGGAGUGAAUGCUGAGUUAUAUUAUGUAAGGAAGGGAAUUGUAAACAACUAUGCCUUAUCGUUCAUUCUUCCUAUUCAUCCUGACGUACAGGAAAUUGUCUUCACAUGGCGAAGUCUACGGCAAGGUCCGCCUGACAUCUACUACAACAUGAGUUUUGAGGUGUCUAACCCGCGAGCCAUGCUGAUGCCAGUCGCCAACAUCUCUAAUACAGGAAAGGUCCCCAACUCACUCUCAGUGUUUAGCAUCACCUUUCCCUGUACGGGGAACAUCUCUGCAGAUGUGGAGGUCGUCAUACAGAUGAACAUCAGCAUCUUCUCCGCUUCAAACAUCUCUGUCCUCAACUUCAAACGCAAGAAAACAUGCCUGAUGGACAGUAGAUACCAGAAGACACUGAGAAACAAGCUUUAUUACAACAAAAUACAGACCAUCCCUCCACACCUGGGCAACUUAACACACAACCAUGUCACAGUGGAUGAUGCUACCACCAAUGUUAAGAUGUCAACUCGUAUCUUCUACAUAACAGUGGGGUGUGCAUGUGCUGUGAUCAUCCUUAUAGCAAUGGCUGUGGCAAUUUACUACCUCAAUACUCAAAAAGGCAACAAUAGGGGAUACUCAGAAAGGAUUAAAUACUAUGACAGCACCAGUUCCCAGCAGCUCUCUAACCAGCAGAGUCAGUCGUUCUUAAGAUCGGAGACACCAGUGGAGAGUAGCUACAAGGGAUCCAGUGUGAGAAAUUACUCCUGUGGGCCAUCCCCCAUACCUGAGUGCUUUCCUCCUGAUCCUAGGGACAUCCUGCAGGAAGUGGCAAUAGAAUAUCGAAGGAUCGCAUUGGGAGAAUUACAAAUGGAGGGGACCUUUGGAAGAAUCUACCAAGGGACAAUACUGAGUGAAACAGUGAGUGAGACAGAAAUAGGAGUGGAUCAAGGAAUUAUGAUUAAAACUGUCUCAGAUGAGGCGAGGCCCGACCAGGUCCACCUGUUCCUGACAGAGAGUUGUAUGAUGAUGGGAGUCAUCCACCAGAACAUCUACCCUGUCAUCGGUGCCUGUACUGAGUCCGGGCAGCCCCCCUACGUCAUUUACCCCUACUCCUCCGAGGGCAACCUCAAAAAGUUCCUCCUCAAAUGUCGCGUCUCAGAGACUGGCUCUCAUUAUUCUCUAUCCACACAACAGCUUGUAUACUUAGCAAUACAAAUUGUGAAAGCCAUACAAUUUUUACACAGAAAGAAAAUACUUCAUAAAGACAUAGCAACAAGAAAUUGUGUCAUAGACAAUGACUUGCAGUUAAAGUUAACAGAUAAUUCCCUGUCCCGGGAUUUGUUCCCCGCUGACUACCAUUGUUUAGGGGACAAUGAGAAUCGCCCCGUUAAGUGGCUCUCUCUGGAGGCGUUAGUAGAGAGAAGAUUCUCCAUCAAUAGCGACGUGUGGUCUUUUGGAGUAACAUUAUGGGAACUUAUGUCUCUGGCUCAACAACCUUACUCAGAAGUUGAUUGUUUUGAAAUGGCAGCAUACCUUAGAGAGGGUUACAGGAUAGCACAUCCAAUCAACUGUCCUGAUGAACUGUACAGCAUGAUGUCUGGUUGUUGGGCCAAAAAUCCAGAUGAGAGACCGAGGUUCUCUCAGCUUUUAGUGUAUCUCCAGAACUUUUACGAAGCUUUGGGCCAGUACAUUUAGUGAGAGACAACUAUAUUUUAUACAAUACAAGUGUUUCCUGAGAACUCUGGUGGAAGCAGUUUGUUUGAUGGAGAAUCCUUGUUACUCAAAUGUUCACCUUCAACUAAAUAUGAUCAUCCAGCAAAGCACUUUGGGAAUUUUUUGGUUUAAACUGUGAAUAUUUAUAUGUUGAGAAUUAAAUAAAGGAGUUCAAUGCAAGGGUAAUAAAUAUACUCUAGAGAAUGUAGCAAAAAGCUGUGAAGAUUCAAUUUAUAAAUUUGUAAUGAAGUAUUUCAUUACAUUGGGCCAAAUGGGCAGAUUGCAAUAGAUAUGGAGACAUUGUGUUCUCCUAAAGUACGGCUCAAUGAAGACAUG